ACCGGGACAUCGGUCAGACAUCCAUCCGAGGGGAGGACAUUGAGGUGUGUGGCGCUCAUCCAGAUCCAGCAGCAAUGACUCACUGCCUGUUCCCCCUGUGCAUCCUGGGACUUAUCGCCCUCUCCUCCACCUGUUACAUCCAGAACUGCCCCCGAGGAGGGAAACGAUCGCUGUCGGAGUCUGGGAUCAGACAGUGCAUGCCUUGUGGCCCCGGAGACAAGGGCCGCUGCUUUGGCCCCAGUAUCUGCUGUGGGGAGGGCCUCGGCUGCCUGCUGGGCUCACCAGAAACUGCUCACUGUGUGGAGGAAGACCACUUGCUCACCCCCUGCCAGGCGGGAGGGAGACCCUGUGGAUCAGACGGAGGACGUUGCGCUGCCUCAGGACUCUGCUGUAACUCCGAGAAUUGUGCAGUGGAUUCUGACUGCCUGGGGGACACGGAUGCCUUGGGUCCAGACCACAGUUCAAGCUUGCAAGUGCAACAGAAAUGA